AUGGUGCCCGAUGCCGAGAUCCUGCGCAUCGUCAGCGAGGUCUUCGAGGAGCUGGGCUGGCGCGGCCGCUACACCAUCAAGCUCAACCACCGCAAGAUCCUGGAUGGUGUCUUUGCCGUCUGUGGUGUGCCCGACAAGCAGCUCCGGCCUAUUUCUAGUGCCGUCGAUAAGUUGGACAAGAUGCCGUGGGCGGAUGUGCGCAAGGAAAUGGUCGACGAGAAGGGUCUUGAUCCUGAGGUGGCGGAUCGUAUUGAGAAAUACGUUAUGAACAAGGGCUCGCGGGAGCUGCUCGACUCCCUCCUGAAGGAUGAGACCCUCAACGCCAAUGCCUCUGCCAAGGCCGGUCUCGAGGAUAUGGCUAUGAUGAUGGACUACCUAGAGGCAUUCGGCGUGCUGGACAAGAUCUCAUUCGACAUGUCCCUUGCCCGUGGUCUGGAUUACUACACCGGUGUCAUCUACGAGGUUGUCACCGAGGGUUCGGCUGGUGUGCAGGCCGACUCCCCAGAGGCACAGAAGGCCGAGAAGUCCAAGAAGGGCAAGUCCAAGCAGCCCGCCGAGGAGGAGGACCGAUCUAACGACCCCACCCUCGGCGUUGGCAGUGUCGCUGCCGGUGGCCGCUACGAUAACCUGGUCGGCAUGUUCCAGCCCAAGGCGCAGAUCCCCUGUGUCGGAAUCUCAUUUGGUGUCGACCGCAUUUUCUCCAUCACUAAGGCACGCCUCGAGCGCGAGCAGAAGUCCGAUGCCCUUCGCAACAGCGAGGUUGACGCCUACGUCAUGGCGUUCGGUGGUAAGGGCUUCGGCGGUAUGUUGAAGGAGCGCAUGGAAAUCUGCCAGAAGCUGUGGACUGCUGGUAUCAAGGCUGAAUUCUCCUACAAGCUGAAGCCCAAGCUGCCCCAGCAAUUCAAGGCCGCCGAACAAGGCGCCAUCCCCUUCGGCAUCAUCCUCGGCGAGGAAGAGCUCGCCGCCGGUAAGUGCCGCAUUAAGGAGAUGGGCCUGCCUGACGGACACCCCGAGAAGGAGGGUGUCGAGGUUGACAUUACCUCCCUGGUUUCCGAGCUGCAAACCCGCCUUGCUAAGAAGCAGCACGGUGCUAUCUCAUCUCUGGCGCAGCAGUUGCAGGGCACCAGUGUUUAA